AUGGCUUCAAAUCUUAUCGCCAUUGAUACAGAAGGUGGAACUGGGAAUGGAAAAGUUACUGUUGCUCUGGUUUCUUGCUCCGAAGCCAUACUUUACCACAAGAGAGAUAUCGUUGAAUACUCACCAGACUUUAAUGCAAUGAAAGCUGCUAUUCUCCGACAUACAAGCGGAAAAACACUUGUUGGACACAAUGUGAAUGCCGACAUUUCUCGAAUCGGCCUUAAACCUUCGGACUUCACAGACACUUUUGAUACUCAGGGCAGUGGUGCAAUCACACACACAUCGAAUCGAACACAUGAUGUUGUGGAAGAUGCACGACAGAGCAUGAAGAUCGCGCUCAAACACUUCGGCUAUCAGCACGCAGAGAAUAUGGAAUAUGUCAGAAAUAUUAGACCGGAGCCAGCGAGUCAGAAUCAAAAUGAUGAAAAUACGGAUGAUGAUGGAGAUAUUUUGAAACAAGUCCUUUUACUUUCCACGCAUUUGUCUAACAGAUUCGACAACAACCUCAGUGAUAUAUUCGGAAUCGGGCUACUUCUUCUUUUCGUCGGGAUUUUCUUUCUACUGAUGUGCUGUUGCUGCAUUCUUGGCUUGCAAAACAUCUCGUUGUUCCAGCAACUGCCAUGUUUUCAAUCACUUGCGACGCGGCACCAUCAAAAUCCUGCUCAGAAUAACAACUUAAAUAUAAACGGCCAUUUGGGGUGUCCGAAUUUCAGAAGAGAUCAUAGACAUUCAGAAGGAGAGUAUAGAAUAAACAUUGAAGAUGACAUGAACGAAAGCAUAAUUCUACCGCCUGCCGGGAGCACCAGCAGAGCCAGAGGACAUCAUCCUUCAGCGCCAAGAAAAUGGAUUCAGAAAAACUUCUUUGGAAAUAAUCAAAAGAUUUUGUAG